GCGCUCAGACGGAUCCGGUUCUGGUUUUACUGCCACCUGCUGCUAACGUGACUACCGGCACGAGCCCGUCUCCUUGAGGGAUGCGCUGCAGGUAUGAAAGGCAGGGAUCCCCGUGCGCUCUUCAGCAAUAUUUUGGUCCGAUCUGCACGUCGUCGCAGCCUAAGUGGUGUUCCAAGGGGGUGUGUCCCCCAUGACCGUUAGUACACUGCUUCUGCAACAUCAGCUGCUGGAGGAGAAAAAGGGAGGAAAAAAACAGAAGAGCGGGCUAGAUCAGAAAUCCGCAGUGGCUCAGACACACAGAGGCAGGAACAUGCAGUGAAGUGACACGGACACCUGAGCGGGCUCUCCUCUCCGACUGGGCAGUGCAUUUUCCUCCGGACUGUGUUUUGUUUAUGGACGCCGAGUCUGUUUGUCCUGCCGCGGUCAUGCUACCUCCGAAAAACUGCAUCCCGAGAAAUUACAGCUGCAUAGCCGGUCUGUUCGGCAGCUUGGCCACGACUCAGAAGAUGGAUGACGGGGACGGAGAGAAGGCCGAAGGCGAGGAGGAGGAGGAGAUGGUGAACGGCGAGUGCGAGCCGUUGGAGACACGCGUGGUGGACGAGAGGCCGCGGGGGCGCGAGUCGUUCCUGAAGCCGCCGCCGCAGAGCCCCACACAGAGGCGAAGAUGCAAGUCGCUGCCGAGCCCCGCGGAGAGAGCCAGGCUGGAGAUAGCGCGCAGCCGGAGCCCCAACAGCCAAAAGAAGGUGAGGUUCGCCGACUCGCUCGGCCUGGAGCUCAUCUCCGUCAAGCACUUCGACGACGCCGACGUGCCUGAGAUACCCGAGCGCGUGAUGGACAAGUUCAGGAAGGCCAGGGCGCUGCACCUGAACAACUUCGAGGCGUCGAGCGGCUCGGCGCAGUCCGUCUUCAUGGAGCUGCUGUUCACCAACCCGGGCGCGUCGGCGGACUUCAUCGAGCGGGUGAAGGAGCUCAAGGUGUCGCUGGAACGUGUGGACGCCGACGAGUUCUGCCUCUCCGGGCUGGUGAGGGUGCUCAACAUGGCCUUCGAGAAGAGCGUGGGGCUGAGGUACACGCUCAACAACUGGUCCACUUUCGUGGACGCGCCGGCCUCCUACGUGCCGCACUCGAACGACGGGCUCACGGACAAGUUCUCCUUCAAGAUCGUCACCCCGACUUUUCUGGAGGCAGGCGGCACUCUGCAGUUCGCCAUCAAGUACCUCGUGGACGGCCACGAGUUUUGGGACAACAACGGCGGGGAUAAUUACAAAGUGAGGCGCCACAGGUUCAAAAUCUCCCCUCCCCGCGAGUGGGAGAAUGGUUGGAUCCACUUCAUUUAGCUAGCGCGCUAACGUGUGUGUGUCUGUGUACGUUAAUUCAUUCAGAAUUAUGCACUUGUCUGGUGAUGUUCAUAUGCGAGUUCACCGCACUGACUGGCUCUUAAACUGUGUAACGGGCUGCCAUUCCGUCUUAAAGCGUUGUAGAGGCCGUGUAGGAGAUCCUAGGCUUGCUUUAGGGUAAUUCUGUUGGAUGUUUCUGGCGUGUGUUUGGUGUGGUGGUGUUGAAAUGUGAAAUGGCGGUGAGGAGGGCUGGCAAUGAGUGUGUCUUUUUAGGUUUCACAGCGCAGUUGUUCUCUUAUGUAACAUGGAAACACAGGCCAUGAGCAAAGUGCAGAGAAGCUGUCCCUUUUACGCAUGACUUAAGCUUUAGAUGCUAUAGAGAAAAAUACCUAUAUACGUAUACGCUUGUAAUAAUAAUAAUAUAGGCUACUCUCAAGCCAAGUAUAAGAAACCCACGCUUUCUAGAGAGGGCUAGUCAUUUAUACACGACUCACAGGAGAAGAGUGUGGCAGCUGGUUUAUCUGACCUCCACGACUUACACCUUCACUCUUCCAGACCCUUCCAGAUGUUGCUAUCACAAGGCGAGGUUUUCAAAUUCGUCUCCUUUCUUUGCUGCUGUCUCUUAAACUUUGACCAUAUGUUGACCAGUGCACAAUGUGCCAACUUCAUGGUGCAUUUGAAAGCAUUCUGGUUCUGAUUGUUUAGGUAUAUGCACUUUAGAGUUGUUCAGGAUCUCCCAAGCUACACUAUAUGUCCAAAAGUUUGUAGACACCUGCUCAUCCAACGUUUCUUACUUUUUAAUAGAUAAUUUUCCCUCUCCCCCAACUCCUCUGGUCAGACAUUACAUUACAUGUUGUAACAUUGUGAGAAUUUGAUUGCAUUGAGACUCAAUAGGUCAGGUGAUGAUGUUGGAUGAUUCAGUCGCCACUCCAACUCAUCCCAAAGGUGGAGCUGAUGGUGUUUCAUCACUAUAGAGAGCUUCAUCACUCCAUAGAAUGCAGUUUCACUGCUCCACAACCUAAUGCUGGGGACGCUUAGCAUUGGGCAUCAGUGACCUUAGGCUCAUAUGCAGCUGCUCGGCGCUUCAUCCUAUUGAAGGCCUAUGCUAAAAAUUGGUUCUUACAAUAGCUUAUUCAUUAAUUAGAAGGGGUUUCUGGAUACUUUUGGACAUAUAUUGUAUGUGUUUUGGUCAUGAGCAGUUAGGAUAAAGGUAAAGGUUUGGGGAUAUAUGCAGUAGGCCUGCUGCAUUCUGUAGCCUGCCAAUCAUUGAGAAAUAAAUAGAGGGCUUUUGUUUGUGAGUUUGUGAGUUUGAGUUCACAGCCUGUGGUCAAAAUGAAUUUUUUUUAUGAUAGUUGACCAAUAAUGUGUGAAGUCAGAAAUGGGAUGAUGAGAAGGAAGUAGCAAUGCCUUGUGCACACAGUCAAUUACAUUCAAACUUGAGACCCCUCUCUGAUUUCCUAGAUUUGUACCGGUUGCAUACCUCAGACUAAACACAUUUAUACUGUGAGAACCUUUCACCCUUCCAGCAGCAUUCAGGUGUAGUUCCUGUUUAUUCAGGUUCAAUAUUUAAAACAAAAAAAGCUAACUUUAUUUUUAUGCGAUAAAACCAAAAGGAAAAUAUUAUUAAUCUUAUUUAUUUUCUCCUGCUUUUCAAGGAUGACUACUGUCUUUGUGUGGCAUGUUUGCCUGUGGAGCAUCACUCAGCAGUGAUAUGUUUUAGUCUUUGUAAAUACCUGUUGCAUUGUGUGUCGUCUUAAGUGUUAAUGCUGUAGCAUUAGUGCUAAUUGAGCAGUGUUGCUUUCCACACAUUAUAUAUGAUAGAUGCCUUGGCAAAGAGGUCUUGCUUAGCAAUUAUGGGAGAUCACAGUACGCACAUCAUUACUACUCAUUACCAAUAGAGACCCUAUCAGCUCACAGUUAGAGCAAAUGAGACCUGAUUGUGUGGUGACGUAGAAUAGCAAUUAUUGCAGUAAGACAAGGAGGCGAGAUUGUAUUUGUUGUUAUUAUUUAUUUUUAUAAUUGCUUGCAAAUUAUAUUGUCCUGUCAUUAAAGAGAUGGAAGAGGAACUUUUGCAGCUCCACGUGUUCUGCAAGGGCCACUGUAUCUUCUUUGUUUUGUACAUUUUUUGUAAAUGCAGCUUUCAUUUUUGAGUGGAUGGAAGGAACUUUUGGUGGUUAUGGUCAAAUAGGUGUUGUUAGAAUGCAGACAGAGGCUCGGGGCAAAAUUUCAAACUUAACAGGCACAAAGAUCUAAUAGGUCUACCUAUUAGAAAGGCACGAGUAUACUUUGUGUGUACGAUUUUUGAUUGAUAGAGUUUGCCUUAACCUGUGUAUUUACAGUCCGCUGAACACAGUUUGCUGUUUGAGAUGAAAUCUGUUUGUUGUCCAACCCAAAAUGGACUUAGAUUUCAUCAGAGAGGCAUUAAAUAGUGGCAUUUUGGGAAGUUUUUGUUUCUUUCAUCAGCAUCAUCACAUACACUGUAUAUUAGAGUUCUAAUCUAUGUGGUUUUUACAGUUGUUCUGGUCUGCAAGACAAUGUCUAGGUUUUAGUCAAAUGGCUUUACCUCUAUUACUGAAUAGAUGUUAUGAUAAUUUUUGCACAGAGUACUAUUAUUAUUAUUAUUUGAUUGUGUAAGCGGAUGGCAGUGUGCUUGUGGAUUCUGUUCCAUUGUGUCAUAGUGUAAAAGACCUCCCUGCAAUGAUCUACUGUACUUUAAAUAACUAAAAGGAAUUAGGAGAAAGUCAUGAGAGGGAGACAGACAUCACUUGGCAUUUUUCUUCAGUAAAACAAUGCCCAUUUUCCAAUGACCUGACACAAAUAAACAGCAAUAUGUCCUUAUGUGAGAUGUGCAAUAACCCCUAAAUGCUUGAAAUGCUACUAAAAUAGUUAAAAUUUUGUGCUGCUCUUUAAAGAAUGGAAUGGAAUGUGUUGUUGAGUCUGAAUGAAAUCAUGUGAGUAGAGGAAGUGAAGACAUGCUUCAGGGGAUUCAGUACUUACAGAGGUUUUUGGUUUGAUUUCUAUAAAGAAAGCUAAUGAUUGUAAAACUGUUUGUGUGGAAUGGUUUGUUUUUGGACUGAGCAACUUGACCCAAAAAGAUGGUGGUCACUAGCACAGAAGAAUCCCCCCAUUGUAUGCUUGUGUUUUCUGAAAAUGAACUCCCAAGAUCAUUUAUGUUUCCUGUGUCAUGUUUGUCUCUCACUGAGCAUAUUUUUUACAUGAAUAGGCUAUAAAAUUGACAGAGGAUUUAUGGACUAGAUAUUUAAAUAGUUUUAAAUGCACUAUAUUAACUGUUGGAUUAUACAGUGUUUUAUGGUGCUGUGAAGGCUUGCAGUUGACAGUUCACUGAAAAGUUCUGUCCACAGUGGUUUGUCCAGUUCACUUUCACAGUGGAACCAAAGGGUGUGGAGUCGUGUUCAAGAACUGGUUCCAGGCUUCUCUGUCCACACUCUUAAAUUUAAGGUUCUUUAAGGAGAUGCCAUAGAAGAACAACUUUUGAUUCCCCAAAGAACCUUUCAGUGAAUUAAAUGAGAUGUGCAGAUGUAAAGAACUUCUUUAAAGUUUAAAGGACCUCCAGAUAAGUUUUUCUACAGCCAGGCCAAGAACUAUUUAAGAACCUUUAUUUUUAAGAGUGUAGGCAGUUGUAUGAGGAACAUUGGGCUGUAAGGGCUGACUGUCAGAUAUUGCCCUAUAGCAUAAUGUGUAGUGUGAGUCAUGUCAAGCUAUGUUGUUUGUAUUUGGUUAGGAUUAUUUUAAUGAUGGACCACGAGAUGAUUAAACCACCAUGAUUUAAUAUAGAUCCCCAUACAUUAUUCUCACGCUGAGCAAAAUUUAGAAGCUAAGAGUACUUUUAACAACAAUAUAGGUUCAAAGUAGAGUGAAUAAACAGACACCUUCCACUUCCAAGUGGUUUAAUAUUAAUUGUAUUUACAGAGGUCUGAGGUCUAUUUGAUGACUAAAAGCUUUUUGGUGUCGGCAGUGGAAAGGCAUUACAGAAACUUCUUUAGUUUCACCACUGUUCAUCAGAUGUUUUCCUUUUGUUUUAUCUAUGCAAACCAGUCUUUCCAUUAAUUUCCAGUGUGUCUUGGUGUCCUAUUGUGUUUGUUCAUUUGUUAAAAAUAAAAUGAUUAAAGUUGUAUUUCUGCUGUUUGCAUGCACAGCAGCAGAGUUAUUUUAUUUUUAUGGUGAAUUUGUAUUGUAGUUUAUAUUUUGUUAACCCAUGGAAUUAAAGGCAUUUGAGAUGAAAA